UUUCAAUCGUGACUGAUGCAAAAUUAUUAUUUUGUAAUUUUUUAAGGAAUCACCGUCUCUGCCUUCCACUCAACUCAACUGUAGACAGACUAUAUAUAACUUGAACUUUAGAUCUAGAAUCUAGUCUUCAGUUAGCCUACCCGGUCUUUCAUUGGAUGACACCUGUCAAAGCUUGGCGCUAAGCAUUAUAACAAGAAUGGUGUCCCAUUUAUCAGCCAUUGUAUUUCCAGCCAUAAUUAUUUACAGUGUUGUUCCAGGCUCAAGUCUAUUUUCAUGGCAUCCCACCUUAAUGUCUAUAGCGUUUUCACUGCUGACACUGGAAGGAAUUAUAAUAUUUUCCCAAAAUUCAUCCCUCUUUCCAAACAUGAGCAGAGCUUCCAAAGCAUCCAUUCAUUAUUUGGUUAUGGGCAGUGCUGUUACCUGCGCUCUUGUUGGUUUUUAUGUGAUCUACCUUAACAAAGAAAAUGCUGGAAAGUCUCAUUUAACAUCUUGGCAUGGGCUUCUAGGGGCCAUAACUGUUGGUUAUGCUUGUUUACAGUCAACUGGUGGAUCACUUGCUAAAUAUUACAAUUAUACAAAGCGUUUUUUAAAUGUGAAGCUGGCAGACUUGAAGUUGUAUCAUGCCACAUCAGCUGUCCUGCUUUACAUUUUGAUCAGUGUUACAAUGCUCCUAUCCCUACAGACAUCCUGGGCACUAAAUAGUAUACCCAAUCUUCUCUGGUACGCAUGCUUUGCCUGUAUCUGUACUUCUACUCUAGUGGUGCUGCUGCACAUUACUUCUACAUAUCUGCCAAGUAAACAGCAAGCAAAGCCUUGAAGAUGUCAUAUUAAAUUAAAAGUAAACAGUUUUAAAAAUUGUAUGAGGAGAAAGCAUUUAAUAAAGUUUUGUUUUUUGUUGUUGUUUUUUUUUGCUUAAUUUUUGUCUCACUUGUUAUGAACUUUGUUUAAAUACUCUAGUGUUGACAUAGUGUAAAAUGUUUAUUUUAUUAUGUACAUUCAUUUUUUUUUAAUGCAAUGUAUGAUGUCCAGAUUUUAUGUAACUGUACUUCUAUGUAAUUAAACACAGUGUGAUGACAUAUGACUUAUAGAAUUAUUUUUUUAAACAAAGUCUUGCAAAUGAAAACUUACAAGAAUCGAACAUUUUCAAAAUUGAAAGCAGUUUAUUUCUAUAAAUACAUAUUAAUUGUUUUGUUCUAUUCUAUUUAUUAUACAUAUAAUGCAUAUUGGUAUCAUUACUAUGAACAAAUUCAUUAAAUUAUAAACAUUUUA